GCGCAGUUUCCAUGGGGACUGAAGAUGGCGCCGCGAGGUGAGCUUCCGGAGGUAACCGGUUGUCCUCAACCCCCCUGGAAAUCUUGUUCUUUCUGAAUGGGUGGUAUUAUGCUACUUAUUUUCUGCUGGAACUCUUCAUUUUUCUGUAUAAAGGUCUCCUGCUGCCAUACCCUACAGCUAACCUAGUACUGGAUGUGGUGAUGCUCCUCCUUUAUCUUGGCAUUGAAGUAAUCCGACUAUUUUUUGGUACAAAGGGAAACCUCUGCCAGCGAAAGAUGCCCCUUGGCGUUAGUGUGGCUUUGACUUUCCCAUCUGCCAUGAUGGCCGCCUAUUACCUGCUGCUGCAGACCUACAUACUCCGUCUGGAAGCCAUUAUGAACGGCAUCUUGCUCUUCUUCUGUGGCUCAGAGCUGCUGCUUGAGGUGCUCACUCUAGCCACAUUCUCCAGUAUGGACAGGAUUUGAAGUACCAGAAUUUCAGCCUGCAGUGCAUCAAGUUGACAGCAUAUUCCUCCGGUACUUUGGCCAUAUCUAAAGUGAUGGGUCAGGUUGGCAUGGGAAGGGUUGUACAGCUUUCCCUCAGCAGAUAUUUAGGUGAUCAGGUUGCCUAAGGUCAGUGUGUACCAUCUUUUGGCCACUAGUCAGCUUGAGACUCCUACACUUCAGUGUAGGAAAGGGCCAGGCUGCCCCAAUCUUGGCCCUUUUCAGAACAGCUUCCUGCUUGCUAACCUCAAGCUCCCUCUGAUCAUUGUGGCCGGAGCACAUUGUGUUGACCACAUAGGCUCCUUGGAUUUCCAGCAGGAUCUGAACCACAGGUCCCUGUACAUGCUAUGCCAUACACAUCUUAUGCACAGGGAGUCUUAUAAUAUAGGCUUCUGGAUUGAUGACAAUGCCCUUUCCUCAACUCUACUGCCCAAGGAGACUGAGCUCCAAACCCUUUUAGUAGCUCAUAGUAUUAUUUUUCUAUUCUGAUCAUGAAGCAAAUACUACUUUAUAAUAAAUAUGUAUUUUCUGUUG